AUGCAGACCACGCAGCCAGUGAGCCUCCAAUCGCAGCGUCUCCAGGGCAUCUACAUCCUGGACAACAGCGACAGCUCUGGGAUCCCCCACAGUGCCGGCAGUUCGGCAAGCAAUUCUCCCGAUCACUAUGAACGUUUCUCACCACCGACCCAUUUGAUGGACCUCAGCAGCCCACCUGAGCACAGAGACCUGCCAGGUUACCAGCCCCAUCACCACCAUCAGAUGGUCUACCAGCCACCUGGCUACCUGAUGUACGAUAACCAGGAUGAUGACAAGAGGUACCAGGAGCACACUAAUGGAAAGAUUCUGAGGGACCUCCAGGCGGAAGUGUCCGAAUACGAUCGACGUAUGCACGACAAUUCACCUGGUUUCCUGUCUGAUCACAGUAGAGAUCACGAGCAGAGCCUCUACCUGACGCCAUCGCCUCAGAUGUACUCGUCCGGCGGCGAGGAGAUCGUCCCGCCCAGACAUCAAACUCACGGGUACCAUCACGUGGAGCCAGUAGAGUACAAACCGGAUGUGGUCGAGUACAAACCAGAGAUCGAGCAGCACAGGUACAAACAGGUGGACAUGGUACAGAUGACAGAACCGUCGUCCUCCACCAAGAGCUACCCAAUCGAGGUAGACGAAAAAAGUUUCUUGAAAAUAAAAGCUUUAAUUUGA